GACCCAGAUUCUUUGAAGAGUCCGAUUUUCACCCCAACAACCGGACGCCAGGAGCACGGCCUGCUUAACCUUUACCACGCCAUGGAGGGCGCCUCUCAUCUGCACAUCCUGGUGGUCAAACAAUUGGAGAUGCCCCACUACAGGAAGUACUGGCCCAACCACAUCCUGCUCGUCCUGCCCGCCAUGUUCAACAAUGCKGGAGUUGGAGCUGCUCGCUUCAUGAUCAAAGAGCUGUCAUACCACAACCUGGAGCUGGAGAGGAACCGACUGGAGGAGCAAGGUAUCAAGAGACAAGAUGUAUGGCCGUUUAUUGUCAUGAUGGACGACUCUUGCGUGCUGUGGAACACCCACCAGGCUGCAGACGGGAGUGAGACACCAGACGGAAGCUCAACGCUCUCCAACGUGUCCCUGAAAACGGUGCUGCAGCACAUGGAGAACACGCCCAAGAUCUCCCUGUACGCGAUGUGCGGCAUCCGCAAGUGGUGCAGCGGCCUGGCUCGCCGGUCCCCCGGACACCCCUUCAGCCGAUGCCACCUCCACGACUUUGUCCUGCUUAACGUGGACCUGACCCAGAACGUUCAGUAUGAUCUCAACCGGUAUGGCUGUGAGGAGGUGGACUUUAACCUGAGGGUUAACAGCAGUGGGCUGCUUCUGUGUCGCUUCAACAACUUCUGCCUCAUGAAGAAACACAUUUCAGUUGGAGGAAACAAAGACUUUGUGGUCAAACCUAAAUUUGUGGAAAUAGAAAAUAAGGCUCCAAUCAGCCCAACGCAGUACGUUUGCGCCCCGGACAGUGAGCAGACCCUCCUCGACGCUCCAGCCCAGUUUCUGUUGGAGAGUUUCCUGCAGAGCUGCAGCCACAGACUGUUUCCGAAGGCCGUUCAGAACAGAAGCAACCCAGUUCUGUCCAUCGACAGCUACCUCAACCUCAGCCCAGAGAUUUCUGUGUGCUACAUCAACUCUCGUCCACACUCCACCAACCUCAGCCACCAGGGUUUGGUGUUCAGUGGUCUGCUGCUGUACCUCUGUGACUCCUUCGUUGUCUCCGGACUCCUCAAGAGGUUCCGCUUUCUGAAAGGCGCCACCCUCUGCGUGAUCUGUCAGGACCGCAGCUCCCUGCGUCAGACCAUCGUCCGGCUGGAGCUGGAGGACGAGUGGCAGUUCCGACUUCGGGACGAGUUUCAGACGGCCAACUGCAGCGAGGAUCGGCCCCUCUACUUUUUGACCGGCCGACACGUUUGAACCAGGUCAGGUUGGGGUUURGGUCUGAUUCCGAACAACAAAUCCCUCCGAGGCUGGUGGACGUGGCUGUUCCUGGAUCCUCACGGCUGCAAUAAAGCCUGACUCAGAGUUAGUUCUUUCAACUCAUUUGCCACUUGACUUGUAUCCAAUAGAGCUUUUUUUCUACCAAUAAAAAGAAAAGGCAACAACAACAACAAAAAAGAAAGGCAACAACAACAAAAAAAGACUUCUGCGUGGGGGGGGGACGCACAGCUGAAUAUGAACUUUAUUCAUCAUGUUGUCAAAAACAAGUGCCCUCCGAUUGCUAACAGGACUACUGGAGGCUUGUGUGUGUGUGUCCACCAACUUUAAAUCCAGUGCAUCCAAAACUGGACACACGUUUUUCUCAGGGUUUCAACAUUAAAAAAAAAAGGAUAGAAGGGAUGUGUAGCUUAAAGGCGUUAUGUUUUUGUUUAUGUUUGGCACUAACUUCUGAUGGCACCAAAGACUCAGCUGCACCUUCUGCCUUCGCUUUCCAACUCUGCCUCUGAAACUCCAUGAAGCUCAAUAACUCUGCAGCCCAAAYGCAUGAACAGGAAGCUUCGUUUAGAUUUGAUUCCCCCCUAAUAAAACUAUGGCAUUCUUCUCAGUAAGGAAGCAACUAUUUAAUCGAGCACAUUUAACAUUUUCUAUUGGGCCUCUAAAACAUUUGUGGCAUCGAUAAUCUCUCUGAUGAGGAAGUGCGCCAGGGUGCUUUUAGUUUCCAAAUGACUGAAUCUUCACAACUGAAAUGUUGUGACUUUUAAAGAAUGUAAGGCUUUUAUGUAGUAUUAUGGCUUGGAUAUAAAUAUAUAAAGUCUGGUUGUUAUUAAAAAUCAUUGCUUAGACAGAUGCUAUUUUCAAAAACUUGUUUAAAGGGACAAUUUGGAUAUUCUGAAAUGGGUUUUCUGUGGAAAUGUGUCAAUAUCUUACCUGGUGCAGAUAGCUCUUUGAGCAGUAAAAUGGAAUGUAGUUUUGACCUGUUAGCUUGAUAUGGUCAGAGGGAUAAAURUUGUUCCAAUCUGAGCUCAUUCAAAGAGCUUUCCACAGAAUCUCCCUUUAAAUGAUCUGAACUAUUCCUUUAACGCCAAUCAGAGCAACUCAGACUCCCAUUUAAAUGUUUGUUGGUUUCUUUCUUUUGCAUUUAGACAUCUGCUGACCUCAGCAGAUAAAAUGUCACAAUCAAGCUCCCUCACUGCCACUUAUCUCGCUCUCUGCCUGUGCCUAGGACCUCAGCUCCUGUUUUAACGUUCUGAGGCAGAUUGUACUUCGACURUCUCAGCUGCCCUUCUCUCAGUGUACCUUAUACUGCCGCCCUCCUCUCCCUCCUCAGACUGAAAGUUGACACUCUGUCAAAAAGCAGCUUGCCAGACUACAUACUUGAAAGUAUUUUUGUGUGUUUCUCCACAGGGUUGUCUAAAGAAUAUGCCUUAACUGAUGUUAAACAUACACAAAAAAAAACUUGUUUCUGACCAAUGAGAAUGAAAAAAAUGACUCUGAGGGAGUGAGUUGUAUUUUUUUUUUUUUCAGAACAGAGUGGAAAUUAUUGAGAUAGUGGACUGCUGUACUGAUAAAAGUUUGUUUACAUUACUAAUAUAUUUUAUCAUCCCCCAAUAAAUCAUGGUUAAAGGAUGUUGUUUUUUUAAUCGUGUUUAACUUUUGUCAGUUCUCCAUUUUAUGUUGCAARGGCAAGAAGAAAUCUACCGAGAUAUCUUUUUAAACACAUCGACAUCCCUUUAUGUUCUCCAGGUGGGAUUCUGUUCGAAAUGAUAAAUCAGGUCCAGGAGGGAUUUUUAUUUAUUUGACAAUUUAAAGAAAUAAUCAUUGCGAAGUGUGAUAUUAGAGGAACUCCCUCUUCAGAAACACUGACAAAGGCUUUGCACAGAGAUACCAAACAGAUGAUUUAUCACAUUUAUUGAAUGUCAUUUAGAGGGGGGGAGGAAAUGUGAACUUGCACUAUUCAAGUUACUAGCUGGUUAAGAUAAUAACUGCUCCCUCAGAAUUAGGCCAAAUAUAAAAUCAGUGUCAUUCUCUGUUGGUUCAUAAAGUAUGUUUUUUUUUUCUUUCUGAAAAUGUAAGACUUAAUAUGCAACUUGCUCUCACAAUCUUCACUGAAAUGUGUUCGACGUGUUUGUGCAGCUCAGUGGUUGCCUUGGUGCCUGUUUUAUCUACCUCAUGUUUACCAUUGUUGCUGGCUGUGAAUAAUAUAAAAGUGGAGUCCAGCUGUUGUUGAAAUUUUAUGAAUGUAUUAAAAUUGAGUUCUAAAUCA